AUGGAUGCCGCAAGCUCGAGUGCAGAACAAUCAAUUGUAGCCGAGAGCUCACGCCUCAAGGAUCUGCUGUCAACCAGGGAGAAGGAGGUGCUUGCUUUGGGUCAUCAAGUCACUGAGCUGCGGCUCAGAGAGGAGGCCGCUCUGGCGAAAGCCGACGAAGCCUUGAAAUUGCUGGCAGAGGCAACGGCGAGGAAAGCCGGAGAGGAAGAGGCAGCUAGGAGUGCUGAGAAGUCCAACACACUACUCGUCAAGCUGGAGAUGGACACCAUGCUCCAAUCACAGAGAGCCGCGGAGCACGAGGCGAAGGAUGCCAAGGAUAACAUGGUGCAGCUGCAGAGCAAGCUGAGGCUGGUGGAGUCCAAGAUCACUGAGGCCAACCUGACGGCAGAGGAAGAGAAGAUCAGCAGCCUGAGGUUGAAGGAGACGCUGGCCGAGAAGGAGGAGGAGCUCCAGAGCAUCGCACGGGAGAACGAUGGCCUGCGGACGAGGGAAGCGGCUGCACGAGCGAAGGCCGACGAGCUGGCUGCAAUGCUCGUAGAGGCCACCGCCAUGAAAGGAGGAGAUCAGUCGGCUGGUCGGAGCCCGGAGAAGCAGCCAAAUGUGUUCCGGAAGAUGAUGUGCUCGCCGAUGGACAACGCCGCGCGAGGCGAUCAUCAAGAUCGCAGGAACAGCGACAGGAUCGUCCAAGUGCUCGAGGAGAUCAAGCAUGUGGAAGUGGAGACGGUCAGGCAGGCGAAACAUGAAAGAGAGGAGGUGUCAGUGGAGGCUAACUCCAUGGAGAACAGCAAGAUCCUAGAAGAUGACCUGUGCAAAGGGAUGAUGAGCAAUGGCGUAGACACCGAGUCGAGCGACGACGAUGACAUCGAUUCACAGGGAGAAGACGGAGCUGCAGAUCAGAUGGGUGGCCUUCUGAUGCAUGGACCGAGAUCAUCUUUCAAGCAGGAGCAUCACAGCCAUAAGAAGAAGAAGAAGGCAUUGCUGAGGAAAUUCGGGAGCAUGCUGAAGAAGAAAGCUCACUUCACCAAGCUGAACAAACACUCCUAG